UCAAGUUUUGUUUACGUAAUGGAAAUACCCAUGUGAAAUACCCAUGUUAAUCCACUUUGAAUGAUUACAUACAAUUCAUGUCUUUCAAUUAUUUGGAUUUAUAACGUAAACAAGUGAGAUAAAAAGAAGAUAAUUGCAGAUACAAUGGCAUCAAUACUUACGGCGCUUGUGGGAGCCGCCAUCUUGGUUUCCACGAUGACGUCACUGCACGCGGUUCCCGCCGGAAUCGAGGUUUUGUUUACACAGGAAGUUCUACAGACUUAUACGCAGUUAGACCUGUACCACUUCAUAAAAUCGAUGAAGAAAGUUCAUAUUCCGGACAUGGUGAACAGCAGUGGUUCCUUCAACUGGCAAGUCACGGGAGUGCGCGUUGAGGACGUGGGUCACGUUAGUUCAUCAAUACAGCUCGGGGACGGUGUCUUGCACUUCAACGCCAAUGUCACAAAACUUGUCAUUUCCGCUAGUUGGGCGUUUCAUUCUAAAGACCAGGCGGGCGUAACGUUUCAAGGCAAGGGCAAAUUGAACGUGACUAGCGCCAAAACGUCUUUCAACAUCAUAGCUAAGUUGUCGGUGACAGAAGCUGGCGGCAUAGGUACAGACAUCAUAGAUUGUGGCGCGGACAUCACUCAACUGAAGAUAAAGUUUUAUGACAGCGAUUUGAUCAGUUUUAUGGAGAUGAUUGCAAACAGCAUCGUUGCGGACCUCAAGAAAGAAAUAAAGAAAUCGUUUUGCAAAGCUGUGGCUAAAUUUCAAACCAAAGUUGAACAAGAGAUAAACAGGCUGCAAGAGAAAACGUCAAAUAUCACGUUUUACAAUCAGACGUUUGCAAUUGACUCGUCAGUCGUAGCAGUGAACGUAACGACCAAAGCCAUUUAUGUUUACUUAAAGGCAGGUUUUACAAUGAAUGGCCGGAAGUUUCCUAUCAACGACCAGCAUUUCCCCACGGCAACCACCGCUUCCGGUUUCGAGAUAUCGUUUGCUAAGGCGGUAUUUGGAAAUGUUGUUCAGGCGGCUAACGACAGCGGCCUUCUGCAUUAUAAGCUUGGCUUCAAGGAGAUUAUGGCCAAUCAAAAGUUUUCGCUCAACCUCUCCUGUUCCGGAAUUUUCUGCGCAGGAAACGUUUUCUAUAAGGCGGCCGAGCGAUGGCCGGGGCGAGUCAUCGGUAUCCGAGUGUCGGCAACCAAUCUGGCUCUGUCCGUCGGGGACAACUUCAUGUAUUUGUACGUGGACGGUCGGGUUUAUUUCACCGCUGAGAGCGCUGACAAAUCGGAUCCGUGGUUCUCAGCCGCGGUUAAUAUUGUCAUACCACUUCAAUUACGACUUGAAAACGAACAGAUGCACGGCAAGGUCAGCGCAGUUGGAGGAAAUGUAACGGUCGACCAAUCGGAUUACUGGGAAACAUUGAGCGAGACUCUGCCGAACAUUUUAAAAUACUACGGACCUUUGAUGCAAGAAAAACUUCAGGACAAACUUAAUGAACAUGAACUAUCAUUCCGCUUGCCCCUGUCAAAACAUGCCCGAAUUAAAGCCAGCAAAAUAUCCAUAAGCUCGAUGGGAGUCAGUGUGUCUGCAGACAUCUGUGCCACAGCGGAAAAGGGCUGCAACGCAUCCGCCGAUACUGGAUAUGUCGGCAACGCGACCGUCGGGCUGCUAAACUUCAUGGACACACUUCCGGUACCGACGACAACUGCGCCCACAACGAAAUCCGUCAAUGUCGGCGUGCAGUCGUCGGCAUCCAUCAGCCUUAUUGUUGUCAUUGUUUUUGCGCAAUUGUGUUUGGGAUUCGUCGCUCGCCUUGAAAAAUGUUAUAAGCCGGGAACAGUUUGAUAGAAAUUCUAAGCAUAUAUCUUAUAAGAUCAACAUUUCAUUGAAGCCAAUAGCAACGUUAUUAGUGAACCACAUUAUUAGUUUGGGGCUUACUUAUUAACUACACAUCUUUAUUAUGUUUUCCAAGAUUUAAUACCGAAAUGCUUAGUGCUAUUUAUAAAACAGAAUAAAAUAGAAUAUCCAAAUAUUGAAUCUUGUUAAUUUUGGUUGAAUAGCUUCAUGGUAUAUUUACGAAUACAGGUUUUUGUAUAGUUGCUUCCAGCAUUGGCUUCAAUUGAAAAAAAAAAAACACUAAAUGUAAGAUAUUAAAACGCCGAUAUGUUACAACGUACAGAUAUACGAUGUUGCACAAUUAAGUUUAUAUAUAAUAUAUUACAUAUACGUUUAUAAAGUGCUAUGAGCUGCACUUUCUUUUGAUUUGCUAUUUUGUGACAUAUUUGAAUGUUUUAUUUGCAACUAAUUUUAUUUGUCCACAGAUGGUUGAAAAAAAUAAUUUCCGAAAUAAAUAACAAGACAUGUUCUGCUAUUUCAAAUUUCGUUGUUUAGGCAUUUAUGUUGAGAAAAGACUAGCUCAUCCUUUUUUUAUCUGAAUACGUCUACACUAAUGAUCUAAAUGUUUGCGUCCAUUAUAAAUCAUAUACAUUCUACCAGGUGACUUUCGUAUUUGUAUAAAUGUUCUGCAUGUUAUUAUGCUAUAUCCAUUUACAAGGGUAUCUUUUAUAAUACAUGACAUCAAUUAUGCAUUGUUAUUUGUUUUAGGGCUGGGGGAUUUGCUUUACAAUAAAUCUAUUUUUUGUUAUUCUAUCCCUCUCUCUCUAUAUAUUAUAUUUUUGAUGAUAUUUUAUAUUUGUAUGUGGAUAAUACUUUGUGUUGUAUUUACAUCAUUAAAAGUCUUAAAGGCAAAGUUCUGCGA